AUGAAUACCAUAAAUGAAAAAUCUUCAACUUUAGUGUUUAAUACAGAUAUUGAAAAAUCUACAUUAGAAGAUGGUCUAUACAUCCAAGAAUUAGGUGAUUAUGGAACUGGUGAAUUAGAAAAAUUAAAAGAUGAAGUUGGUAUUAAAGAAGGAAAUCGUUUAAAGAAACAUCUUCAAGCACGUCAUAUUUCCAUGAUUGCAAUUGGUGGUGCUAUUGGUACCGGUUUAUUAAUUGGUUCAGGUUCUGCUUUAUCUUCUUCAGGUCCUGCUCCUUUAUUUAUUGGGUAUACAUUUGUUGGUUUAAUUGUGUAUCAAGUUAUGUGUUGUUUGGGGGAAAUUGCAACUUAUAUUCCAUCACCUUCAGGUUUUAAUGGAUAUGCUGAAAGGUAUGUUGAUCCAGCAUUAGGUUUUGCAGUUGGUUGGUGUUAUUUGAUCAAGUAUUUAAUAGGAACUCCUAAUCAAAUUACAGCGGGGGCUCUUGUUAUUCAAUAUUGGAUUAAAAGGGAUACUGUGAAUCCAGGGGUAUGGAUUACAAUCAUUACAAUUUUGAUAUUAUUAGUUAAUAUAUUUGGUGUUAAAAUAUUUGGAGAAUUUGAAUUUUGGUUAUCAUCAAUUAAAAUCUUUAUUCUUCUAGGACUUUUAAUUUUAAUGUUUAUUAUAAUGCUUGGAGGUGGUCCAACUCAUGAUCGUUUAGGAUUUAGGUAUUGGAAUGAACCAGGUGCUUUUAAAACUUUUAAAGGUAUUGGAGGUGAAGAUAAGGCAAAAUUCGUUUCAUUUGUUAAUGUCCUUGUCACUGCAGUUUUUGCUUAUUCAGGUACAGAAUUAAUUGGCGUUACUGUUGCAGAAGCUUCAAAUCCAAGAAAAUCAGUUCCAAAAGCUAUUAGGUUAACAUUUUAUCGAAUUGUUGUGUUUUAUAUCAUUGGAGUUAUUUUAUUAGGAAUGUGUGUUCCAUAUAAUGAUCCUUUAUUGAUUGAUGCAUCAAAAGCUUCUACAUCAGCAAAUGCUUCACCUUUUGUUGUUGCUAUAAAGAAUGCUUCAAUUGGGAAAUUAGAUCAUGUUAUAAAUGCAUGUCUUUUGAUAUUUAUCUUUAGUGCAGCAAAUUCAGAUUUAUAUAUUGCAUCAAGAACUCUUUAUGGAUUAGCAUGUAAUGGUAAUGCACCAAAAAUAUUUGCUAAAACAAGUAAAUAUGGUAUACCUUUUUAUUCAUUGGGUAUAUGUACUAUAUUUUGUUUCUUAGGAUUUAUGUCAAUUUCUGAAUCUUCACAACAAGUUUUCGGAUAUUUAGUUAAUGUUAGUUCAGUUUUUGGAUUAUUAACUUGGAUGUCAAUAUUAAUUACUCAUAUUGGAUUUUCAAAAGCAUUAAAAGCUCAAGGAAUUUCAAAGAGUUCAUUAGCAUAUUCAGCUCCAUUUCAUCCAUAUGGUACAUAUAUUGCAUUAUUUUGGUGUAUUGUUGUUAUGUUUAUAAAGAACUUCACAGCUUUCAUUAAUGGAUUUAAUUAUAAGAGUUUUAUAACUGGGUACAUUGGUAUUCCUGUUUAUCUGAUUGCAUAUCUUGGUUAUAAAUUUAUGAAAAGAACCAAGAUUCAUAGACCUGAACAAGUUGAUCUAUAUACAUUGAAAAAUAUUAUAGAUGAAGAGGAAGAAGCUGGGAAAAUAGAAGAAGCUGAGCGUCAAGAAAGACUGAAGAGUGGGAAGAAGGAUAAAGAUUGGUUUUAUGAUAAGUUUGUAGCCUGGUUGUUCUGA